AUGCUCUACUGGACUUUCAGCUGCGUCAUGCCCUUCCUGACGCUGGAGUACGCCGGUGGCCAGGGCUACUAUUAUAUUCAGCGCAAGAACAAGCUCUGGACAUCCAUCUUUCCUGGCAUGAGCCUGCACUGGAGCUUUCGGGUGCUCGAGCGCUUCGAGAAGUUCGUUGAACACGGUGCCACCUGGUCGAACUUCUUCGAUCGGUCGGCCACACCCGACAAUGUGACAUUGGCCGAGAUAGUGUUCGUCGGCAUCCUCACCGACUGCACCAUCGUGAUCACCGUGUGGUACCUCGACAACGUGUUUCCCACGGGCCCUGGGAUACCCAAACCGUACCGGUUCCCUUUCAAGCCCAGGUACUGGGUGCCGUCUAUGACGUUCCUCCCGCGGCAAACAAAGGCGACCCUCGAGCUCCACAACUUCGAAACUGAGCCAGGGGACCUUAUGGCUGCCAUCCAACUCGUCGGUGCCAGCAAGGUAAGAGAGGUCAUAGCUUCUUUGUCGCUGAGGGAUACAAACAUCCCAAACUAUUUUCGUCAGUACUUCGCCUGCCUUUCUGCCCGCCUGGUACUAAGCUAA